CCUCUACUAAAACUAAACUAACCAUUUUGUCUCAUGUUCGAUUCAGGAGUUUGUGGAACCUUGUUCCGACAAAGACAUUUCCCUCCUGGCCAUGUAGUCGUCUUGUUUGUGGGGCUGUCCAUCUUGUACCUCCUGGUCAUCCUUCAGAUGUUCCAAACGACGUCAAAGCAUUCGAUUGAAAUCAACAGACUGGUUCGAGAACAGAUCCAAAGAGAAUAUCGGCCAGAAAAAGUAACAAACACGACUCCAGAAACACUGCCUGAAGAGGCGCACGGUGGGCCUACCCAGACAGUAAGUAAAAGCACCCUGGCGCCAACAAAGGUACCAUAUUAUGACGUAACUCCCCCAAACCUGGCAAAGAUCACAACGCUUACUCAGGACCUGGAGCUAUUGCUCUCUGAACCAGUGAUCAACCCACACAAUUUUAAUUACGUCCACAAUCCAGACGAUGUUUGCAAGAAACAAAAGGCCAAACUCCUUAUAGUGACACCUUCUGCGCCUGCGAAUGUCAAAAAACGUACACAAGUUCGGAAGAUUAUCCACAAGCUUCUAAACGGUACAAGCCUUUACAAAGACGUGGUUCACCUUUUCUUUUUGGGAAGUCCCAACGGAAGAUGCACUUCUCAAAAUGCAUCGCAGAUUAUUGAGAAGGAGGUCAAGAAAUAUAAUGACAUUGUCCAGGAAGACUUUUUGGAGUUCUAUGGGAACAUUCGCUAUAAAGCCGUGUCUAUGCUUAAGUGGGCCAGCACUUUCUGCUAUAACGCCUCCUACGUUUUGCGAAUCGACGACGACGUGACCGCAAAUCUAUCACAGGCAAUAGCAUCGCUAAGGACGUUUGGGUGCUAUCACGAGGACUUUAUUCUGGGGAAAGCACUUGAGGGUUGUAAACCUAUGCGUAAGAGACAUGUAAAGUACUUCAUUUCUAAGGAGGAAUACCCCCACUCACUGUACCCCACGUUUGCUCUAGGUGGUCUCCUCGGUUACCCACUGAGCACCGUGCGACUGUUAUAUGAGGCUUCUCUAAGGGUGAAACCGAUCUGGUUGGACGACGUCUACAUCACUGGGAUCUGUAGGACCAAGCUCAACAUUUCCCUGUUCACCCAAAAAGAAUUUGUCUUUGAUCAUAUUAACGAUGGAAGUCUGGUGCCGCUCUCUUGAAAGCUCCGUCAUACUGAUUGUUCUUUAUCCUCACUAUCCCCUCGAUGGCUCAGUGCAAGAAAUCCAGGCGCCACAUUUUUGUAAAAUCGACUAUUUUUUUAAACCUCGUGGCAACAGAUCUUUCUCCGUCAUAUCUUUUCGAUGUAACGAUCCCACUGUAAACGAUUUUAGAAAAAUGUGGCAUACGAGUUUCUUGAACUGAUCCGUCGACCUGUAUGCAGCUUCUAUGUUACUGUCAUUGCCGCCAACAUCAAUAACAUAAUUUUGUUUCGGUUUAUUUUAAUAAGCCCAUAACUGUCUACCCGUAUUGAAAUUUCAUUAUAAGAUAUACGUUCAUAAAUCAACAAUAGCUUCACACUAAAUGUCGAGCUAUGGCUCAUGCUCUUAACGCAAACCGGCAUUUGUAGUGUACCGGUGAGGUGCUGUGUUGGUCCAUGCAGAAAAAUUAUCGACUUCGGUUCCCACGGGGGUAGAGAAUUCUUUUUGUUGAGUAUCUCAGUCUUUCUGCUUGGACUUUGUAUACCUAUCAGCCCAAGUUAGCCCUCAUGGUCGAAAUUCAUCUCCUCUAUGAACUAAGUUAUGUCAGUAAACACACAUACCUUACAACAAAUUAAUAGCUUUUUAUAAAGUCUACGUGGCGCUGCUUUUUUUAAAGUCAUAAUGAUGCGUAGUAAUAUCGUGGACACAUACUACGUCCGAUCUGCAGCCGACCAAAAGAUUAAUGUUGCUGCACAUUUCUAACCUUAAUACACAAAUCAGAAAUAAAUACGACCAUUGUCUGCCUUUAGAAGUUUCAGAUAUAAAGGAGACAGAAGUGGGAGAUCAGCAAUAACAAAGACGUUUCGUUCCUUUUUUUUUUCUUUUUAAAAAAAUCCCUUGCCCAUUUAUAUGAGAUUGACGCCAUCUGAUUAGUAGAAACCAAGUGCGUAUGACUGUAGUGUCCAAUAAUGUAUUACGUACAUACUUAUUAUAACAAGAAACUGUAAUAGAAGAUAGAGAUUCCAGGAUUAUAGAUGUAAGUCAUUGAUCUGAGAACGGUAAUGAUUUUAUAUUAUAA